AUGGACAUCCCUUCCCGGGUCCGGCGCGACACGCCCGCCGCCAAUUACACGGUGCCCCCCUUCCCAUCGCUCUUCUGGCCGCCCCAGGCAGCGACUGUUAUCCUUUACGAGCUGGACGAGAUGUGGAAGUUCACCCUCUUCUGGACCAUUAUCCUCUACGGCCUCUUCCAUCUGGGCGCUGUCGGCGUGGCCGUGUUGAUGCAGGGCGGCAAGCGCAUGUCUAGCUGGAAGUACCUCUGGCUGGUGCCUCUGAUCUACGCCUUUAUUGCAGGCGCUGAGGCCCUAAUCGCGGGGACUCUUGUGGGCUUGAUGUUCGUGUCCUUUUUAUCCUUCGUCUCUACCAACCCGCUCCGAGCCCGUUUAUGCUAA